AAGAAAGAAAAGAAAAAAGGAUCCAGAAUGGCAGAAGCGUUCGGCAUCGUGGCAGGCGCGCUGAGCGUAGCGGCUCUCUCUUCGACAACUGCGUUGACACAUUUGCGUACAUCCAGCUAGGUCGGCAUUUCGCGCAUGACUACGAGGCAUGCCAACUGAAGCUAGAUAUUGCGGGGAUACGGAUGGGACGAUGGGGACAGGCGGUCAAGAUUAACGACGACCCGCAGUUCGACUCCGGCUCCCCGACCGACAAGUCCGUCCAAGUGACAAAAUCGAUCCUCGAGGAGAUGGCGCUGCUCUUCCAGUCCGCACGAAAUAGAUACGAGCUCACCAAGGACCAGCAGAAUCUAGGGUUGCUGGAGGACGAGAACAUGAGGUCGGUGGGCCGGGCGCUGCAUAGGCGGCUGAAAGACAUCGUCCGGCAGAGACAGAAACAGACGAGCCUGGUGAAGAAGACAACGUGGGGGCUGCAUGACGGGAAAGUUCUGGAGAACAUUGCCAGUAAGAUUGCCGAGUUUGUUGAUGCUCUGGAGGACGUGUUCCCCGCGGAGGAUGUCCAUCGGAAAUUGGUCAAGAUCGAAAUCGAUGAAAUGGACGAGCCGAGCUUGAUAUUGCUUAAGGAUGCAGCGCGGGGGAUUGACACGGCCCUGUCCGAUGCGGCGGGGCAGAAGAUUAACUUGAUUGCGGGACGGAAUCCGGCCAACAAGAUCGAGUCAAGGACCAGACGACCAAUUCGGUGGGGACAGUCACAGCGAAAGGCCGGUCCGGGAUGCAGAUUGAAAACAUAUUCGGGGGUAAGGGACUUUGGGAUUAGGCAGGGAAGGUGGAGCCGUAGUCCGUUGCCGUAGCAUUCAGUCCAUUGUGAACGCUACAGAUUCUCGCUCUUCUACAUACCUCCUAGGUUAAGUGCGUCAACAUGUCACGACGGAGCCAAACGCGCGCCCAUCCAAUGCGACGCGUUAGUAACGUCACUUCCGAGAUGUUCAUAAGUAUUUAAGUCGAAGCAGGAGUCGCCAUAGUCGAGCAGUCCGCACUAUCGCGGAACUUGAUCACAUACUCUCUACCAUUAAUCCAGAAAGCGCGGCUUUUCCAAUCGUAUUGCAAUCUUGGGCCGAAAUAGACAAUGUUAAGGAGGGGCCACUAUGCAUAAUAAUCAACCUUCAGUAUUAUAUCACAAGCCUAAAGACCCAUGGCGUGGCCCAAGAUGCUCUCAAGUUGUGGCAUGAAGUAUGGGCGCAGUGGUCUCGAAGGAGUGACUACUA